AUGAAUAGCAUAAACAAGGAUGAUGUAGUCAAGUUAAUCAUUCAGUUUCUGCGAGAAAGCAAUCUGAAUCGAACUCGAUCAGCUUUAGAGAAGGAGUCGAACCAGAUAUACAAUACAGUAGAGGAUAAAAGCAGGUUUAUUCAAGAUAUCAAGGAUGGAAAAUGGGAUAUCGUUUUGAAACAAGUGACUCAGCUUGCCAUUUCGGAAGAAAAACUAAUCGAUCUUUACGAACAAAUUGUAUUCGAGUUGAUUGAAAAUAAUGAGCUUAGUGCAGCCGAGAUUGUGCUGAGAAAAUCAAACGUCUUACGAUUUGUCAACGAAGAGUAUCCGGAACGAUAUGAGAUAAUGGAGCGCUAUUUAGAUGAAGCAAAGACAAAAUUGCCUCAUAAACCAAAGUACACUUCCGAAGAAAGACGAACACGGAUAGCAAAAAACUUGGAGAAAGAAAUAGCUGCGGCUCCCAACAGUCGGCUGUUAUCGUUACUGGGACAAAGUAUCAAAUGGCAACAACUACAAGGUUCAAUCACAGCAGACUCCAUUUAUGACUUAUUUAGAGGCACUGUUACAGUUCAAAAAGCUGAACAAGAUAUCUUUGCCUCAAAGCCCUACGUUUCUGUCAAAUUUCCCGCUCCUUCAGCAAAGCAGAGGACGUAUGCUGAAUGUGCUGCUUUUUCUAAAAACGGUCUCUAUCUCGCGACAGGAUCUUCUGAUGGUUUUAUUGAAAUAUGGAACUAUUUGACGGGCAAGCUAAGAAAAGAUCUGUCAUACCAAGCGCAAGAUAGAAUGAUGGCUAUGGAUAAAGCUGUGCUCUGUGUCGCAUUUAGUCGCGAUAAUGAAUUGUUGGCAUCUGGGUCAGCGGAUGGAAAGAUAUUUAUCUGGAAAGUGAAAACCGGGCAAUGUCAACGGAAAAUAAUAGCAGCUCAUGCCACCGGAGCGGGCGUCACCUCGCUAUGCUUCAGUAAAGAAAACAGCCAGAUUUUGAGUGGCAGUUACGAUCAAACCAUAAAGAUUCAUGGUUUAAAGUCGGGUAAAAUGCUGAAGGAAUUCAGAGGGCAUAGUUCGUUUGUGAAUGCAGCCGUAUUUUCAGUUGAUAAUACAAGGGUUUUGAGUGCCAGUAGCGACGGCACCGUUAAGAUUUGGGAUUGUAAAACAACGUCGUGUCUAAACACUAUUACUCCUCAGCCUGCCAUGGAAAAAGGACAGCUUUUGCCGAUGGGAGGAUUAGGCACAGCUGCUGUGCAGAGUAUAACUCCGCUUCCCAGAAACUCGCACCAGUAUUUGAUAUGCAAUAAAACCAACACUUUAUACGUUAUGGAUACACGAGGGCAAAUUGUGAGGACCUUGACGCAUAAGAAACCAGUCGGAUCUGACUUUUUAACAGCAACACUGUCACCGCAAGGUGAUAUUGUCUACGCAGUCACUGAAGAUAACUAUUUAUAUGGAUUUCAGCUUCAUACAGGAGAAACAAUUGCAAGUAUAAAAAUAGGGGAUAAUGAAGUCGUGGGGUUGACAAGUCAUCCAUUGACAAAUGUUGUGGUAGCGCAUGACGAUGCUGGAUAUAUGAUAUUCUUUAAGGCACCAUAA